GACUCUGUGCAGGCCACUCACUGUGAACUGGUGUACAGUCAUGUUGGAACAGGAAGGGGUCAUCCCCAAACUGUCCCCACAAAGUUGGGAGCAUGAAAUUGUCCAAAAUGUCUUGGUAUGAAGCUGAAGCAUUAAGAGUUCCUUUCACUGGAACUAAGGGGCCGAGCCCAACCCCUGAAAAACAACACCUGAAUUCAAUGAUUUGGAGGGGUGCCUUAAAACUUUUGUCUAUCUAUCUAUCUAUCUAUCUAUCUAUCUAUCUAUCUAUCUAUCUAUCUAUCUAUCUAUCUAUCUAUCUAUCUAUCUGUCUAUCUAUCUAUCUAUCUAUCUAUCUAUCUAUCUAUCUAUCUAUCUAUCUAUCUAUCUAUCAGGUGUUUCUAUGCUUCUAUUAAAGUGGACGGUGAGUGUGAAGUGGACGGUGAGCGCUUCUUCCUCCAGCUCAGCAGAUGGCGCUAUUUUACCACAAACUUCGUGCCUCACAGCCGCCAGUAAAGCAGAAAAGAAGAGGCAAUAGACGAAGUUUGUAUUGAACCGUGAAGCUUCGGUGGUAUGUUUUAACUUGUCUCAGGUGACCAUGGCGAAGGUUCCUGUGGGUAAAGUGCUGCUUCGCAAUGUCAUCAGGCACACAGACGCACACAACAAGAUACAGGAGGAGUCAGAGAUGUGGAAGCUGAGGGACAUGGAGCUCCAGACUCGUGAAUCAAAGCAGAGCUGGAACACAAGAAGCAGCAUGCACUGUGACCGGCACCUAAAAGAGUCAGAAGGAUCCGCACGCGGCCGGCUUGGUGAAAGGGCGUGUCUCUCUGAGAGAGACGAGCGAGAGGCACGUUACUGGACACGAAAACUCUAUGAAUUUGAGGCCAGUGAUCCAGACCGAUGGGGUCAUAGCGGGUUUAAGGAGCUUUAUCCAGAGGAGUUUCAACAAUCAGAUCGAGAGACAGACGCAAAACAUAGAAGAAACGGCAAGGACAAACUGUCUACCGAGAAACAGAAGAAGACCAAGAAAUCCUCUAAGAGAAAGAAAAAGAAAAAGAAAAAGAAGCAGAGGACCGAAGGGUCAGACUCGGAGUCAGACAGCAGUGCGACAGACGGCGCCAAAAGGAAGCCGAAGAGGAAAAGCGGGAAAAGCAAACACCGCAGGAAAAAGGCUCACAAACACAAAACGACAGAGCAGGACAGCAGCACUGUCGACAGCGAAUCGGACAGAGGGCGAGAAAGGACACACGGGAAAAGGCGCCAGACUGUAACGGACACACAAACAGAGCCUGAGAGGAAAAAAAGGAAGAACUGGAAAGCAGCAAAUGAAGAGAAAUCAGAGGACAGCUCUGACGAAUAAUGCACCAUCAUCAUCAUCCUCAUCCCCGCUGUUUAUUCAGUCUGUAAAACAAAAGCAGAAGUUUCUUUAUGCAUCAUUCACACAGAUAAGUAGUGUGGUGUCAGAGCUUCAUACCUCACCAACUGGAUACUUGAUGGAACUUUUUUUAAAUGAUGUAAUACACGUGAUUUUAUAUCAUUUUAAUAAUUUUUUGACAUGUGCUUGUGGAUGCUUUCUAGGUUUUGUAUACUAUAUAUUUUUUUUAAAACCAAAACUCAGGUAAAAACAGGUAUUUUACUCCCAAAUGGAUGAUAAAAGAAAUGCCCAAGAGCUUUGGGGUCGCAAUAAAUCAAUCUGUUGUGUUC